CCGGCCUCACGUUGCAGAAAUGUGUCAAGCGCUUCGGAUUGGAUGACGUUCUGCCAAACUGGGACAUAGUCAGAAAAAAGAUACUUUUGAUACUACCCUGACCGUCCAUUUCGCGGAUUUUAUUUUUUGGGGUGAAUCGCACAUGGAUUAGAAGAGGAAAAGACUUCAUUGGAAGAACGAAGGAUUGCGUUGGACAGUCGUUAGCCGUUAGGCUAACUAGCUGAGUACAAGAGGCCUCAUCUAAUUUUCAAUAUUCAGCACUGAUUGGAUGACCAUCGGUUUACCUACACCACAUGGAACUCAGUCCUUUGUCUUUACUUAUGAGGAACCGUAUUGGCUGCUAUAAUUGGAUGAAAUUCUGUUGAUUGGAGACCAAAAUACAGAGAUGCCUGGAGGAGACAGCGGUCCGGAUGCAGAGGAGCCUGCGUUGAUGUUGGCAGCAGGAGAAGGUCGAGAGGGGGAGAAGGUGUCAUCAAGGCAGCAGGGCGGAGGUGUGGGGCCAGGCAGCCUCAGGGGCGAGGAAAGUGGAACUUCAGGUGGAGAAGUAGCACAGGAAGAUGAGGAGAUGACCAGUGCAUCACAUGACCUCUCUUCCUCAGCCAAUCACAGUCCUAGCAGCACUACAGAAUCCACCUCCACCUCAACUAAGAGUCUGCAUAGCUCACUGUCUGGUCAGGCGGGCCAGCACACUGAGGGGAGCAGUGGCAGUGAGCAUGCAGAUAAUGGAAAAGGGCAGGCCCAUAGAGAGGUGAUCAUGACGGUGGCCGAGAUGAAGAAGAGGCUUCCAUCAGACAAGCGCAGUCGCAGUAAAGCCAGCACUGUGGAAGCCCUACAUUAUGCACUCAACUGUGUCAAACAAGUGCAAGCUAAUAGUGAAUACUACAAGCUGUUGAUGCGUAAUGGCCAGGAGGAGAGAAGAGAUGCCACUGUGUGCACCCUGGAAGAGUUGGAGAGGGUGACCUCUGAACACACCCUUAAAAACACGGACUCGUUCGUGGUGGUGUUCUCCUUGUCGAGCGGCCGUGUUCUGUACGCGUCAGAGCAGGCUCCCAGCAUCCUCUGCUGCAAGAGAAAGUUCCUGGAGUCGGCCAAGUUCGUGGAGCUGCUCUUCCACCAAGACGUCAAUGUCUUCUACUCACACACGGCCCAGCCACACCUGCCACCAUGGAGCAAUUCACACACAGCUGCGGUACUGUUUGAGUGUGCCCAGGUGAAGUCCUUCUUCUGCCGAAUCAGGGGUGGGAAGGACCGCGAGGGUGAGAUGCGUUACAACCCGUUCCGGAUCACUCCCUACCUGCUGAAGGUGCAGGGAGCUGGGGCCAGUGGGGAGGAGGAGGAGCCAUGCUGUCUGGCACUGGCUGAACGCAUCAUCUCUGGAUACGAGGCUCCUCGGAUCCCUAUGGACAAACGUAUCUUCACCACCACACACUCCCCUGGCUGUGUGUUCCUGGAAGUGGACGACAGGGCUGUGCCGUUGCUAGGAUACCUUCCUCAGGAUCUGAUUGGCACAUCCUUGCUAACUUGUGUCCACCCAGAGGACCGUCCUCUCAUGCUCUCUAUUCACCGGAAGGUGUUGAAGUAUGCAGGCCAGCCGCCAUUUGAGCACUCACCAGUGCGUCUUCGCUGUCAGAAUGGAGACUACGUCACCCUAGACACCAGCUGGUCCAGUUUCAUCAACCCUUGGAGCCGCAAGGUGGCUUUUAUCAUCGGACGGCACAAAGUCAGGACGAGUCCACUGAACGAGGAUGUGUUCGCUGCUCGGACAAAGGAGGAUUUUCCAGUCACCUAUGAGGAAAUAAAAGAUCUGCAGGCUAAGAUCUAUAAGCUGUUCCUGCAGCCGGUCCAUAACAAUGGUUCCAGUGGUUACGGCAGUUUGGGAAGCAACGGCUCCCAUGAGCAUUACAUCAGUGUAGCUUCUUCUAGUGACAGCAAUGGUAACCUGUGGGAGGAUUCACACCGGGAACCGAUGACCCUGCAGCAGAUCUGUGCUGAUGUGAACAGAGUCAAGAGUUGGGGGCAGCAGGCAUACCUAGAUUCCAGAAACAAAAUGACUUUUUUGGGCAAACCUGCCACAGCGCCUCUUCCCCCCUCAGCCUUAACUGCUGAGGUAAGAGACCGUGAGGAAAGCAGAAAGCAAACACACAUUCCCUCUUAUCAGCAGAUCAACUGUGUGGACAACAUCAUCAGAUAUCUGGAGAGCUGUACAGGUCCAGCCCUGAAACGCAAGAGCGAAUCUCAUUCCCUGACUACCUCUUCCUCCUCAUCCUCUACCUCAGAAGACGACAAACCUACUGAAGCUGUGGAAACAGCUCAGGCCAGCUCAGAUGUUGCGGUGUUGGACAGUCAGGUGUCAGUGGGCUCUACAGCAGCAGUAGUUGGAGCUCCUCUGACAGACAUAACCAUGUCCACCAAGGCCAUGAGCGUGGUCUCUGUCACCAGCCAGUGCUCCUACAGCAGCACCAUCGUCCAUGUACCACAGCCUGAGUCAGAGGUGACAGCUCUAGAGGAUGCACCGAUGGGCAGUGAGCCUGCUGACCCUGCCCCAAUUCCUGCUCGUCCAGCCCCAAGCCCUGCCCCCAGCCCCGCCACAGAAGAACUGCGGUUAGUGGGCCUCACCAAGGAGGUGCUGUCGGCUCACACCCAGAAGGAGGAGCAGGAGUAUGUGGAUCGUUUCCGCCAUCGCAUACUCCAGAGCCCCUACAGUUCCUAUCUACAGCAGGACAACAGCUCCAUGGCCCACUCCCACCACCCAGGCGACUACGUGAUGCGUCCAUUGAGUGCAGGUGGGUGGAAUCGCUCUCGUACAGGGAAGCCCAGACACAAGCGCCCCAAACCGCAGGGCUCAUCGGACAGUUACGCCUCCCCGCCUGGCCCCUCUCGGCGUCCUCCCAACUCAUCUUGGCCCUCCUCAGAGUCCUCCCAGCCCCAGAUGGGGGUGCCCUAUAACCAACUUCAGACAUCGUACUUCCCCAUGAUGGGGACCCAGCCUGGCCCGGAGCAGCCAGCACCACAACAGCCACCUGGAGUGUCACCCAUGGUCCUGCUGCCUCCCGACCAAUCACAGCCCAACUACAGCUUCAGCAUUGUGCAGCCUGCUCAGAACCUACCGGGCAUGCAGGCAGUCCAGAUGCAACCUAUCCAGAACCUGCAGAAUAUGCAGAACUUUCACAGCCUGCAGUCCAUGGCUCCAGCCCAGAGCAUCAACCCUUAUGUGGCCCCAGUCAUGGCUGUCAUCCUACCCAACUACCCAGCUUUCACCCCAGGUUACCCCUCCAUUUACCCACCAUCAGCUCCCUCUAUGCUGCCACAGGCACCCUUCACCAUGGCAGGCUUUGCCCCCGGUGCUGACCCAUUCACCCAGCCCCAGUUCCAGGGCCAGCCCGGCCCCCACCCUCAGACUUCCUCAGGCCUCCUGCUUUGCUCACCCAGAGCCAGCUCCUCUGUUGGGGAGGAGGAAGAGGCAGCUGGGCCUCGGGCACUGUUCUCUAGCUCUCGCUCAAGUUCUCCACUCCAGCUCAACCUGCUGCAGGAGGAGCUGCCCAAACCUAGUGAGGGCCAAAGCAGCACUGGGCACAACCGUGCUGAGAGCCUCCAUGAGCAGCAUGUUAAGGGGGGUGAUGCCCCUAGUGAGUCUGGAAACCACGAUGCCCAAUCUACAUCCAGUGAGCUCCUUGACCUGCUGCUGCAGGAAGACGCUAGGUCUGGGACCGGGUCCAAUGCCUCGGGGUCUGGGUCAGGCGAGUCUGGAGGCUCCCUGGGAUCUGGAUCUGGAUCUGGCUCCAAUGGAACCUCCACAUCACACACAGGCAGCAGCAACAGCAGCAAGUACUUUGCCAGCAACGACUCAUCAGACACAUCAUGCAAAGCCCGUAAGAGCCAGGAAGUGGCGGCAGAGCACCAACAUACCUUCGACACUCGGGUGGAGAACUCGCUGUGGAGCAUGAUCCAGCACACCCCUGAGCCUGUUAUGAUGACAUACCAGAUCCUCCCCAGGGACCAGAAUGAGGUUUUGGCAGAGGAUAGGGAGAAGCUCCGUGUGCUUCAGCCCCUCCAGCCCUGGUUCACCCAGGAGCAGAGAGAGGAGCUGGCUGAAGUCCACCCCUGGAUCCAGCAGCACACCAUCCCACAAGAGAUAGACACACAGGGUUGUGUGGGCUGCAGCUCUGGGGCUGGAGUGGCCCACUCCCCCAAUCCUCCUGUCCCUGAUAGUUCCUCCCCUUUGGAAAGCCCUAAGAAGGACUUCAGCCCUCCACUUGACACCUGAUGAGACCCAGACGCCUGAGUGACAUCCAGCCAGCUCACAGCCAGGAAAUCUGAACACCUCCCACCAAUGCAUUUCUCCUGACUAGGCCGAAGGAACGGGUCCCUACCCUGUAAUUUGAAGUUUGACACUCUUAUUAUACUAUGUAAAGGUAUGAGAGGCUGGACCAGGUCUGAAAAGACAGAGGAGGUGAGAGACGGGCAUUUUCAUUGGCAGAUCUCUGUCAGUCAGCCUAACGUGACUGCCUUUAUUGGACCAUAAAUAUUAUACCUCUCUUCUAAUUGUGUUUAUAGCCCCUGUAGGGGUUAGUUUGUAUUUGAGUGUAAGACUGACUUGCCUCUGGCACUUUGAAUGGCAUGAUGCUCAAUAUGGGAAGGGAGUCCCAUGGAUGCUGCCCCAGAACAUGAGCACUGUGUAUGUGCACCCGGUCUGAGGGAUGGUUGUGACUGGGUGACAAGAUAAACCGAUGGACCGUGCACCAAGAUGGAGCUGGUCCAGACUAAACACCAGGAAACACGCCAGACACUUCUCCCACAACAAUAUGGGAUUCAGGUGGUGUAUGUACCACAUGAGCUCCUUUUACAGAGAAGGCACUUCCCAUGGUUGAUACAUGGCUUAUUCUUCGAUGGACACCAAGACAAAGACAAAUCUCUGCUGCUUUCUGUUUGUAAUGUUCAGAUUCUAUUCUUGUAAGUAAAUUGUUAUCAGAGUGUGUUCUGUUAUUCCAAAGGUUGUUUUCCCUCGUCCUAAACCUGUUUUUUGUUUGUUAGUCUGGCUCACUGAGAACUGCAAACAGUGGUGCCCAUUUAAAAUCUGAUUAGGAGCACUUAGACUAGUGUCCGAGUCCACCCCGAUGCCCAAAAUGUACUGUAGAGUACCCAUUUGUCCAUCAAGUAUCCUGCCUGAUUUCUACCCUACAGUACCUGUAGCCUAGUUAUAAAUUAAGAGACACAGUGUGCCCCCAGCCUUCACCUGAACCCUGGGUUUACUUAUUGAAUGAAUUUCUCUAUGACUCUGUGUUGCUGUCCGCACCGUGUGUGUCGUGUAUGUGUGUGUGUGUGGGAGAGAGAGAGGGAGAGAGAGAGAAGGAGAGACGGGCAUAGAGAUUAAUCCACUAUACUUCUGUGAAUGUUGUCACUCUUUUUAUUCUAUCACUUUCAGAAUGCACCUGAACCUGUGAGCGAGUGUGAGUGUAUUGACUGACUGUGCUAUUUUGAGAGAAUGUUUCCCUCAAUACAGUUGUCCAGCGGUGCAAGACACACCAGGGUUUUCUACCAUUUUUAGAUUGAAUGAAAUUAUAUUGCAGUACAAUGUAUUUUAUAGAAAAUGUAUACAAAACAAACUUAAAGUGUGUAAAAAGCCAUUCGUCUUGAAUUCAGGGACUGUUUGUGACACAACGGCUUGAAUAAAUGAACUAUGAUCUAAUUGUC